GUGCUUGGGGAUGUGGGGCAUGUUUAGGUUGUGGUUCUUCAGAGGCCACUGCUUUGUGACCCAAGCUAAUUGAAGAACUGUCUGCCACUCGAAUAGUUGAUAUUUCUAUUGGAGACAGUCAAUGUUGGGCUCUUUCUCAUGAUAAUGAAGUUUAUGCCUGGGGCAAUAACUCAAUGGGACAGUGUGGCCAAGGAAAUUCCACAGGUCCUAUCACUAAACCAAAGAAAGUGAGUGGCUUAGACAGCAUAGCUAUUCAGCAGAUUUCAGCUGGAAAUUCACAUAGUCUGGCAUGGACUGCUCUCCCUCGGGACAGACAAGUUGUUGCAUGGCACCGACCUUACUGUGUAGAUCUUGAAGAGAGUACCUUCUCGCACCUGUGUUCCUUUCUUGAGAGAUACUGUGAUAAAAUAAACAGAGAGAUUCCCCCCUGCCUUUCCUGUCAUCAAGGGAACAUCACAGUUUCCUCAAGCUAUGCCUGAAGCUUCUUUCAAAUCAUCUUGCUCUUGCACUGGCAGGAGGGGUAGCCACCAGCAUUCUUGGGAGGCAGGUGGGGCCACUUCAAAAUCUGCUCUUCAGGCUGAUGGACUCAACUGUUCCUGAUGAAAUCCAAGAGGUGGUAAUUGAAACUCUGUCAGUAGGAGCAACCAUGCUAUUACCCCCAUUAAGAGAACGGAUUGAGUUACUUCAUUCCCUUUUACCCCAAGGGCCUGAUAGAUGGGAAAGCUUAUCUAAAGGACAGAGAAUGCAACUGGACAUCAUUCUGACAAGUUUGCAGGAUCAUACACAUGUCGCCUCCCUACUUGGCUAUAGCUCGCCCUCUGAUGCCACUGAUCUCUCUGCUGUGUGCACUGGCUAUGGAAACCUGUCAGAUCAGCCCUAUGCCACUCAGAGCUGCCAUCCCAACACCCAUCUGGCUGAGAUUUUGGUGAAAACUCUCUUCAGAAAUUUAGGAUUUUAUACAGAUCAAGCAUUUGGAGAGCUAGAAAAGAAUAGUGAUAAAUUUCUACUUGGAACAUCAUCAUCAGAGAACAGUCAGCCUGCUCAUCUUCAUGAACUGCUGUGUUCAUUACAGAAACAGCUACUGGCGUUUUGCCAUAUUAAUAACAUUAGCGAGAACUCAAGCAGUGUGGCAUUGCUUCAUAAACAUCUGCAGCUCUUGUUGCCUCAUGCCACAGAUACUUACUCCCGUUCUGCAAAUCUGCUCAAAGAAAGUCCUUGGAAUGGCAGUGUUAGAGAAAAAUUAAGAGAUGUGAUAUACGUCUCAGCUGCAGGCAGUGUGCUCUGCCAGAUUGUUAACGCCCUACUGUUACUCCCAGUGUCAGUGGCUCGUCCCCUGUUGAGUUACCUCCUGGAUCUCUUGCCACCUCUUGAUUGCCUUAAUAGACUCCUGCCAGCUGCUGCUCUUCUAGAAGACCAAGAGUUACAGUGGCCUCUUCAUGGAGGGCCAGAAGUAAUCGAUCCUGCUGGUGUUCCAUUACCUCAGCCCGCUCAGUCUUGGGUGUGGCUUGUGGAGCUGGAAAGAACAAUUGUUCUCCUUAUCGGGCGGUGUCUUGGUGGCAUGCUUCAGGGUUCCCCCGUGUCUCCAGAGGAACAGGAUACUGCUUAUUGGAUGAAAACACCACUUUUCAGUGAUGGAGUUGAAAUGGACACUCCUUAGCUAGGUAAUAAGCUUCUCUACAGCAUUUAAAAUGCAUGCUUAUUUGUACUUCCAUUUUUUCGUAUUCUGAGUUUGCUGAAGAAAGAACUAACUGAUGGAUGAUUGCAAAAUUGACCAUUUUAGGGAAGACCACAGAAUAAAGCAAUAAAGUCCUACACAGUGGUGUAGUGAAAAGAGUACCCUUCCCCUCAAAGUGUAGAUCUGAUCUCACUGUUUUGUAUUUUAUCACUUACUACUUGUGUUUUUGAGCAAGUCUAACUUACAAAAUAGAGAAAUGCUUGAAAUUAGUUGUGUUUUUCAUAAAACUGCUUCAUAUAGAGUAAAGCACUGUAGGAGUAGGUGUCGUGAUUUAACAGUGUGCAGGAGUGAUAGUCUCCCCACACCCCCGUUGCUUGUAGUGUCUUUGAGGUUUGUCUUUCCUGCCUCAGCUUGCAUUUCUCUACUUUAUUGGCAGGCUACUUCUCAGAUCAAACAUGAAGAUUUACCCUGUUCUCCAACAGAUGACCUUACUUUAUUUAUUUGAGAAUGGUCUUUUAAUCUCUCUGGUCUUUUAAUUUUGAUUCUUUGAAAUUGUAAGUCAGAAUAGAUAUGGUAUAAUUAGAUCCAAAAUUCAUUAUUUCUCUGAUAAGAGGAGGAGACCCAAAGAGUGUCAGCAGAAGAAAGUAAGAGCAAGAACAGGGGAGAGGGAAAGAAACAGAAAUAGGAGGAAGUGAGAGAAAAGAAGAAGAAGAAGAAGAAGAAGAAGAAGAAGAAGAAGAAGAAGAAGAAGAAAAAAGGCAUGUUGGUUCACAGCAGUACUCUGCAUUUGAGACGCUGAGGCAGGAGGAUUGUUCCAAGUUUGAAACCAGCCUGGGCUACAAAAUGGAGCUCGAGGCUAGGCCAAACUGCACAACAAGACACUGUCUCAAAGACUAGAGAGAGAGAGACAGACAGACAGACAGACAGACACAGAGAAGAGUGGGGAGAGGAACCAAGACAAAAUGAGAAGAAUCUGCUUUGGGGGUUCAAAGAGCAAAGGAAAGUUGAAGAUUUUUCUCCUUUUGCAAAUACAAGCAUACAUUCAUCCUAAGUGAUUCACCCUAAGUGAUUUUGGCCAUGGCCAAUGGAAUGCUAGACAGAUGUUUCUGUUAAAUCAAAGAAAGCAAUAUUUUGAAAUUACCAAGGGACACUUUGUAUGCUAAAAAGAAUUCUAGUGCCCUCAAUUUUUAUGUCUUUACCUUCCAGAUGAUCUCUCAAGGGAAAACAUGUCUGUGUCUAUCUUCCCUGUAUUCCUGCUAUAUUUACUUCAUUCAAAUAACUAGGCUUAAAAUGAAUAAAGUCAACUGUUUUUAAUGUUUUCAGUUUUCAAAUUAUAAAAUCAUAAAACCAUUAAAUAGAUAUGUGGUUAAAAAGCUUGUAUAAAGAAACAUGGUAUUGUCUUAUGAAAUUGUAAGUAUAUAAUAAUUCAAUUAUAUUCUGGGUCAGUAUGAAUUUUAAUAGUUGUCAAAGCACCAUUUAGAGCAUUUUGUUUUUUAAAAUGUGAAGGUGAACUUUGAAUGCCAAAUACCUUUUUGAAAAGUUGAGAGAGAGCUGCCUGUAGAAAUGUAAUCAUCAAUUAGGGAAGUAUUCAUGGCAUCUUCUGUCUUUCUUGGACCACUCUUUAACUAUUUUCCUUUAAGUCUAGAGAAAAAAGAAAAUCCUGUCUAACCUAACAUGUUUCUAAAAGAGGAUAUCAUUUCAUUUGGAGCAGUACUUUUUAGUUAUGCAGGACUGUGCUGCACAGGUUGGACAUUCUGCAUCCCUGGCCUCUACCCAUCAAGGUGCCAGAGCUUCCCCCGAGUGUCAUAUCCUUCUGUUGGGAAUAAGAACAGUGAAUCUACCUCUAACUGAAAAACAUGAAAGGACUUUACCUUGGUACUCCAAAGGACUUGAAAUAUAAUUUUGCAUGUAUUAAAUAAACAUGGCAAGAUUUUAUGUGUUGCACUAAAAUGUAUGAUGUUUGAAA